GCAUUAACGGUAAGGGCGCGAAAUGUAACACGGUAGAGGUGAUCGGGGUGCGUUAUACGUGCGUGGUGACCUCGGUCGGUGUUGACGGUGCCUGGGGUUCCUCAGAGUGUUUUGGGGUCUGAAGGAUGGACUUGUCAGUGAUUGCCAUUGGAGACGUGCAAAAUGUGCUUUCAGCCAUGCAGAAGAACUUGGAGUGUCCAGUCUGUUUAGAUGUGAUAAAAGAGCCGGUUUCAACAAAAUGUGAUCACGUAUUCUGCAGAUUCUGUAUGUUUAAACUUCUCAGCAGAAAGAAAAAAGGUGUAAUACAGUGCCCUCUGUGUAAGACUGAAGUUACCAAGAGAAGUCUCAAAGAAAAUUCCAGAUUUAAGCAGCUAAUUGAAGGAUUGUUGGAAGCUAUCAGUGCGUUUGAGCUUGAUACUGGAGUAAAAUUUUUAAGCAGUCGUUAUUUUCCUAAAACAUCCAUAGAAGUUGCUACUGCUGAGCUCCUGGGUAAUAACAGUUCUGUCAUCCAGAGUAAGGGUUUCAGAAACAGGAAAAGAGGCGCUAAAGAAAAUAGACAAGACAGCUGUACCUUGCAGGAAGCUAAUGUGGAUCCACAGCUUACAGACAACAGGGUCAAAGGGUCUUCUGUAAGAAGUAAAAAACAGAAAUGUGGCAUUGAAAAAGGUGUACUUAUAGAGCUUGGCACUGAUUCAUCUGAGGAGCAUUUUAUACUGGCAAGCAGUACUGGGUUAGAAGACAAAGAAGAGCUAGAAGAACCUAAGAGUGCUGAGAAGUAUGGAAGUUCUUGCAAUACACAGCCACUCAAGCUAGGUGCUAAAGAAAUAAUUUUACCAAAUGUCAUAGGUGAAACUGAUUUCUUGAAGGAAGCUUUGGACAAGAAAAGCAUGCUGAACAUCACUGAACACAUCAAAUGUAACCAAGUAAAUACAAUUGAGGGCCAGAGUUCUCCUUUAAAUGUUUUUGAUGCGGACCUACUCACAGGGCAGCGUGAUGGAAUAGGUAAUGCCAGUCCCUUAAAGAAUGACACAUCUUUCUUGAAGAAUGCAGAAGAAAUGGAUGUGGAGGAAACUCAGUGCAGUCAUAAAAACCAAGAGCUUGACUUAGAAGAUAGCUCAGAAGGUAGACUGGAUAAAAUAAAAGAAAAGGAUAUUUGUGUGCCAAGUGUGGAAGAUGUAGAAAUGUGUGAACCCAUGGAUGAUUCUCUACUUGAAAAAGAACCUCCUGUGGAGAAACCACUUCAGCCAAAGAUACCUCAUUGUCCUACCCUGAAUGAGGUCUCUACUAAGAGACUGAAUCAAAGCAUUCAGAAAGUCAAUGAGUGGUUUUCAAAAAGCAGUAGGAUUUUAUCUUCCAGUUCAUCCCAGAAUGAUCAUGCUGAAGCAACUGAUGCUUCAGGUGAAGGAGAUAUUUCUCUAUCAGAUAAAGAUUCGUGCAUUUCAGAGAAGACCAACCCUAUAGUAGAUUCUGUGGAAUUUGCAGUGAUUGAAAGAAACAAGAGAUGGACAAAGCAAACAACAUAUAGUAUCGAAGACAAAAUAUUUGGGAAAACAUAUGAGAGAGGGAGGAAAUCAAAUCCCUCUACUAUCUUGAGAGACAUUUUGCCUGCUACAAAAAAAGAAGAUGCAGCUGCUGAAGAGGGGUGCUUGAAUAAUUCCAGAAAAGACCGACUAAAACGAAAAAGGAAGUCUGCCUGUAUCCUUCAGCCUGAAGACUUCAUUAAGAAGAAAGAUCUAGAAGAGGCAGAUAGAUGCCCCCAGGGCAUUAAGUCCAGUCUUGGAGAUGCUGAGAAGGAAAAAUGCGAUGAAAAUUCUGCUGUUAAGGAGAAUCCCCUCCUUGAAAAAAGAAAGGGUAGUACACUAGCAGAAUUCAAGGAGAGAGGAUUACAGUGGAAAAAUGCUGCUGAAAAGGUGUCAGGCAAGUGCUCUGAUGGACAGCUGGAACUGAAUAAUUCUGAUCAGAAGAGCACUAAGAAUGCAUGUUCUACAGCAAAAGGAUGCAGACAUUCAACUAGAACCAGGUGUGCUAUACACUUAGUUGAUAGAAACCCAGGUUCCUUUGAUCUAGCUGAGCCACUCAUUAAUAGCUAUCCAAGCAAUGAAGAGCCAAGCAAAGCCGAUUGUGAGCGAAGACAAGUCAGACGCAGCAGGAGGCUUCAGCUACUUUCUGAAGAAAUUACAAAAGAAACAGGAAAAAUGAGAGUAAUUAAGGAAGCAAAAAAUUCUGACAGUGGUCCAGAAGGGUCUGUCUUUGGAGUUGAAAGGAAUGUGUUAGUUCACAAUUCCCAGUGCAAAGACCUGAGGAAGCAGCAGGAUAUAUUGAGUUACAUGUCACUCGCUGAUCGGAAUGGUGCUGAUCUGGAAGCAAAUGGAAUACAGAUUAGUUCAAAGAAUUCAGAUGAUAUGGCAAAAAACAGAAGUUUCUUCAAUCCUACAUUUUCUUGUCAACUUUCAAAUUUUAAUUCCCCUUCAUCCAAAGCAGGUUCUCAAGAAGGUGAAAUGCUAGGUAAACUUUUCCUCCCACAGUCUCCUUCAAAGACUGUGCUGCACGCUGCUUCCAUCCUGACUGAAGAGAAGAGGUCUUGGUCAUGUACUGUUUUUUCCCAGGACAAAGGAUGCUGUUCACGGAAUGUUCCCAAGGACUUCAGAAUUGGAAAGUCACCAAUGGCUAAAAACGCUUCAGAAUUUACCAUGGAAGCUGAAGACAGUGAGUUAGACAUGCAGUAUCUGAGAAAUAUAUUUAGGAGUUCAAAACGGCAGUCUUUUAGUCUUUAUCCUACUCCCAUGAAGGCAUGUACCACAGAUGAUGUUGCAUCUGAAAAAUUAAAUACUUCAUGUCCUGAUCAGGUAGAAGAAAGGAAUAGUAAAUAUUUAAAGACAGAAAAUUUACAAGAAGAGAAAACAACUGCAGAAAAUUUGAGUAGUGUUUGUGAGAAGUUUGAGACCUGUGAAUCUGCUUGUGUUAGUCCUGUGUCGUGCUUUGUCAGCAGUGCUGCAUGUGUGCACACUGUGGAGAAUCAAGAUGUGUCAAAGGUUGCAAAUCAUGGGAAUCUGACAACACUAUUAAGAAUAUGUGCUGCUAGGAAUGAAGAUGGAAACAGACCACAAAAGGGAGAGCAGGGUAGCGAAAAGACAUUGUCUACUGGUAUAGGGGUAGAAAGCAAACUGAGACUGAGUCCAGUCAGAAGCAACAGAAGUCAAAGUGAUCAGAGUAAUACAGAAGAGCAUGCUUUCCAAAGAACAGGUCUGAACGCAGUCAGUGAAACAUACUUCAGUUCAGAAAGCAAUCAAGUGGAAAAGGCUGAAGUUGUUGAUGACAAAGGACUAAUGCAACAUUUUCAACCUAGUCCAAUGCUUUGUCCUACAGCUUGUCAACAAAAUCCAGCUGAAUUCAACUGUGAACUCACUGAAAAAAAAAUUAUCACAAGAGAGAGAAGCCUGGUAAAGGGCAAUGAAGAGCGAGUAAUCCAGACUGUCAGCACAGGGUUGUCAGAGUUUUCAGUUAGAGAGGCACUAGAAGAAUCUCUUAAAGGCCACAGUGAUUUUACAGAUCUGUCUGAAACCCCUGAUGGCUUACUGUGCUCUGACAAUGAUACUGAAGAAAGUGCCAGCUUUUAUGUAACUAAUAGGAAAGACACAUCUGCUGUGUUUGUAAAAAGAAGUGGUGCUGCCUGGGUGAAAGAAGUAAAUGAUUCAGUUGUUAGCUGUAAGCCAAGAUCUGAAGGUAUUCAAAGGUUUCGGAGAAGAGCCCAGAAACUGCAAUCUUCAGAUGAAGAAUCUAGUGAUGAUGAAGAUUUACCAAGUUUUCAGGAAUUAAUGUUUGGCAAAUCAGUAAGCACCCCUUUGCAGAUCCAAAAACAGGUGACAUCUGUGGUACAGUCUUCAGCAAAUCCCAGCACAUUGCCUUGCAGUGAAUGUCUUAAUGAAAAUAAUGAGCAGAAAACACUUGAAGCUGCCCUAAGUAAUGAGUGUGCUUCACCAAGCCAGGAGUCAGAAUGCUCUGUGAACUUAUUUUCUUCCCAGUCCAACAUGUCUGAAGAAUCAGUUGAUGGAGCACAGGAGCUGAAGAAAACUUUAACACAAGUGAGCAACGUAAAGAAGAGUAAAGAAGCUCCUCAGAGUUGCAGUGGAGGGCUGAAGAGACUCAAAAAUAACUUGAAUGAUGAGUACCAAGAAGAUCCAAACAUGGGGGCAAACCUAGGUGAAGCAUCUGGAUAUGACAGCGAAACAAGUCGUGUAGAGGAUUCACAUGAACCAUUUUCUCAGGGUGAAAUUCUUUCUACGCAGCAGAAGAAUGCUAUGCAGAACAACCUAAAAAAGCUACAACAAGAAAUGGCUGUACUUGAAGCAGUGCUAAAGCAGCAUGGAAGUCAGGACGCUGAGGUACUGCCCUUAUGUAGGGAACUGCCAUAUUGCAGUAUUGGAGGAACACUUGGACUGGAGCGGAUGAGACAAGAAACAGAAAAUGUGUCUGAGCAUGACUCUGAAACCAAGCUAACUAAGGCAUCCGUUUUACCAGUUCUCUGUGGAAAUGUGACCAAGAAUCCGAAUAGCUCUUCCUUCUCUGUAAAGCAUCCUUGCCCUCAAACUGCAGAAGCAACAGAUAGUUCUGCUGUAGCUCAGGGUGAUAACAAAAGCAAUGUUCAAGUAUGUAAAUCAAAGAGAAGUGUAUGUUUUCCUACAUCUGUACUGCACAACGUAGCUGGGAAAGAAAAUGCUGCAAGUUCAGGUACAACUUGUAGGACGGAAAUGUCAAUUGUGGCAUCCGGUCUGAACCAAAGUGAACAUUUGAUGGUCCAGAAGUUUGCCAGAAAAACUCAGAGCACUUUCUCUAAUCACAUUACUGAUGGAACAACCCAUGUCAUAAUGAAAACAGAUGAGGAGCUGGUAUGUGAACGGACAUUGAAGUACUUUCUGGGUAUCGCAGGAAGAAAAUGGGUAGUUAGUUACCAGUGGAUAAUUCAAUCUUUUAAAGAAGGCAGGAUACUGGAUGAGGAGCACUUUGAAGUUAAAGGAGAUGUAAUCAAUGGCAGAAAUCACCAGGGUCCUAAGAGGGCUAGGCAAUCUCCAGCUGAAAAGAUCUUUAAAGACUUUGAGAUCUGCUGCUGUGGACCUUUCACUGAUAUGACUACAGGACAUUUAGAGUGGAUAGUGGAGCUUUGUGGUGCCUCUGUAGUGAAACAACUUCAUCUGUUCACCCAUAAAGUAAAUUCCACUGCUGUUGUUGUUGUGCAGCCAGAUGCUUGGAUGGAAGGCACAAGUUAUGAAGCAAUCCAGCGGAAGAACAAUGUUGCUGUGGUGACUCGAGAGUGGGUGUUAGAUAGCGUUGCUUGCUUUGAGUGCCAGGAGUUGGAUGCUUACCUUGUGUCCCAAGACUGAUCUGCAGUUCUUUUUCUGUUGCACAGGAGUUCUUAUCAGUACUGAUACUUGAGCAAUUGUUUUAAGAACUAUGGAUUUUUAAGUAAUGUGCAGAGAUUAUGUGCUAGUAGUAUUCUUUUUCAGAGUUAAUAAGUACAUGUUUCUUAACAAUAAAAAUACUUAAGUUACAUUAUGUUACUUAAGUAACAUUACUGUAUAAAGAAACAGUUACCAUCUUUGUUGCCAUCUUGUUCUUUAAAGAUUAACAUUUCCAAUCUCAAAAUAGUCUUUUAAAACUCAUGUAACAUAAGUCAAAGAAGUUAGAACCUAACUAGAGGGGGAAAAAAAUCUAGAACAUGGCCUCCUCAGAGAAACAGUGAUGCAUUAUUUACCAUCCCAGCCAGUUCCUGCCUAUAUAUUUAAGGACAUCCUGGAGGAGUACUUAUUUACAAGAGUAAUACUGGGCUCAGGUUGAAUUAAAAUACACUUGCAUUCCUGAAUAAUCUUCAUAUUUUCAUUUUGCCUAAAUACAUACCCUGAAUAAGGGUAUGUGUAUGUUAACAUGAACAAACACUAUUUUGUGGUUACUAGUGCAUGGAUAAUCUUAGGCCGUGGACUUGUAGCUGUUCUGAAAACUACAGACAGCGCUCCUGUUGUUAGGACAUUUUGAUAUCAGUUUAAACUAUGUGACCACACAAGUGACCUAUACAACUUGGACUUGAUUCCUAAUACAAACUAAUUCUUAAAACAAGCCUGUGGCAGUGUUUUGUUGCUCUUCUGAGAGCGUACGUGGCAACGAGGAAGAGAUAAUAAAUAGAAGCACUUCAGUAUCCUAGUGCAUCACAAUAAGCUCUGUAAGAAUCUGUUUCUAAUAGUCUCUGUCUGCAGAAUGAGGCUGCAAAGAAGAUGUAUUGCUUCUUUAUGGAAGAAAAUAUAUUGUUUCUUUGUUUCCAAGCAGUUCAAAAAUAGUUCUGUACCUUCAGAACCUGUUUUCAUAAAGUUGUUUAAAAAAUCA